AACUCUUGUCCCCGCACCCACCAAUGUGAUUUCGUCAUGUCAUCCUCUCAGACCGACAUCAUCGAUAGCUCUAUUCGUCUCGAGAAAGUCAAGAAUGUGGUUGUUAUCGGAGCUGGCAUCAGCGGCAUAGUCACGACUGCCCAUCUGCUCCGGAUAGGCCUCAAUGUUACUGUCAUCGAGCGAGCAGAUAAGGUUGGUGGAGCCUGGAACUACAGCCCGCAGCCAGAUCCAGACCCGCCGUUUCCCAGCAUGCGGCCUCCAACCCCGGAACUCCAGCAGUCAUGCGUAGAAGGGCUCAGUCUACAGGAUAUGAAAUCUCGAUUCGCGCCUCCAGGCCCAGUGUACGCCAGUAUGAAGAGUAGGAAUAGCGCUGCUGUCAUGCAGACUUCAUUGCUGGGCUGGCCGGAGGGUACAGAAGACUAUAUGGGCCAUGAGAAGGUACUAGCCUAUCUACAAGACCUCGCCUGCGUCUACCAUGUCAAUGAAAGGGCCCGUUUCAGCACUCGAGUAGAAUCAGUGGCAAAAAGGGAGAGUGACGACCGGUGGCUGGUACAGACCUGCGAGCUGAUAAGAACCACCAUAGGCUAUACGUUGAAGAGAGAUACUUGCGAGUUCGACGCCGUCGUCGUGGCUACCGGGAGGUACAAUGUCCCCCGUGUGCCUGACAUCCCGGGCUUAUCUACUUGGAAGCAAGAGUUUCCAAGUCGUGUAUCUCACUCGAGACAGUACCGCACCCCAGACAGGUUCUGCAACAAGAUAGUCCUUGUUAUUGGAGGGUUCAUCUCCUCGCUGGAGAUUACCAAUGACUUGACGAGCAACGGUGCAAAGGUGUACCAUAGCGCAAAAGACACCAUGUUUGAUUUCAGAGAUCGGGUAGAUCAUGAAAAUGCGGAAAAGGUGCCUAUGGUGGGAAAGUUUACCAUCACGAGUGAAGACGUUCCAACUCCACGGUUGUUGGAUGAUGAUAGUCCUAUCCCGGGAAGAGUGAUCCUAGAGAGUGGAAGGGUUCUUGAACACAUACACCAUGUGAUAAUAGCAACAGGCUACUUGUGUUCAUACCCCUUCCUAGGCCCCACCCUAGAGGCGCCAUCUAUGCCACUCCAGGAUGCGGAUGAGAAGGUUAUCAUUACCGCCGAUUACAGAACCGUUCAUAACCUACACGAGGAUAUUUUCUACAUCCCAGACCCAACCCUCGCUUUUAUCGGCGUGUCGCACUUCGCGUCCACUUUCUCGCUUUAUGAUUUUCAGGCCCAGGUCCUAGCUACCGUGUUCGCGGGCCGAGUGCGGCUCCCCUCGCAGCCGGCUAUGGAAGUGGAGCAGAUGCGACGCAAAAGCAGGGUUUUACCGGGGACGUUCUUGAAUAGUAUAUUCUUGCUCGACGAUUUCGUGAUACGCAGACUGCUAGAGUGGGUGAACCAGGAUCUGGUAGCAGGCGGGUUCGAAGCUUUGCGGGGACCAGAUCCUAAGUGGCGGGAUGAGUUCAAAGUCUUGAGGGAGAAUGCUCGGCCGCUCUUGGGUAAGUUUCAAGAUAAUUACUUGAGCUCUUAAUCUAAACCUUCUUUACUCCCCU